GCAGCCCUUGCUGUUAGGCGGUUGAUGGCUUGGCAAGAUUUUGAGAGGCGCGCGGCAAAUUACCUGCCAUUGGAAUAAAAAAGACAGUAUAAGUACUAGCUUUUUUUUGACGCGUAAGUGUCAAGGGCAAGAUGCGGAUGUUCGGAAUACUGGUUGCUCGCAUGCAUGCAUAACAGAGGCUGGUGCAUGCUUGUUGCAUGGGGGGAGACCAGGGAGCUAUAUUAAGACUGCCAAAGGAACCUUUUAGAAUAAAGGGCAGCCGCCGACACUGCCACCCCCCUUUGUCAGCUGUCACGGCAGUGUUGGUACUUGUGCUUUGCAUGCAGCGAGCAACACCUAUAUAAGUCUCUAUGUAUAAUCGACCUUUGGAAGCAGCAAGCAAUGAGAUGAAGAAACAAAAGGGAUAAAUGCAUAAAUUCAGAGAGGUGAUUGUCGCAUUUUCCUUGUAGUCUCAUGCUUGCGAAUGCUUUACUACCAAUAGCGGCAGUAAUCGCGCCGGCUUCUACCUACUAUUGAUGUCAUGAUGCCAACUGUGGUUGUAGCGGCAUUAGCAAGGCUCGUAAAUGUGGAUUCCACUGUGGAUAAGCUUCUUCGUCGUCGUCUUUGUGGUCCAUCUACAGCGUUAUCAAUGUACAUCACGUUUCAGAACUCGGGGUUUCGCCGCAAUCCCUGGCUCAAGUGGUAGGCAUUUAUUCAUCAUGGUGUUUUUGCUUGUAGCAAUCUGGUCAACCAUCGCCAAUGCCCAUUCUUCAGCCGAGAGAAAGAGAGCGUUCGAGGCCCUGCAUUGGGCUUUACCAAUGUAAUCGAAG